AAAAAGAAAAGAAAGAGAAUACUAUGUAUUUCAUGAGGCUGUGAUGGUAGUGAAAUAACCAUGUUGCCAAUAAAAUAGUGCUGGGCACAUAGCAGGUGCUCAAUAAAUGUUAUCUCCUAUUCUUUUACAACCUCUCCUUCCUUCUGCAUAGGCUUCAGUCUGACUUUUUGCCGAAGUUCCAACAAAAGGCCUGAAGAGGAGUCCCAUUGGCUUGGCCCGGGUCAUGUGCCCAUCUCUGAACCAAUCAUGGAGACCAGGGGAAUGGGAGGUUCUGAUUGGUGGCACCUGGAUCAUGUGACGGCCCUGCAGCAGGAGGCGGGGCCAGUUCAACUGGAAACACGUGACCUGACCUUGUGGCAUGGAGGCGCCUCAGGGAAGGAUCAGGGCUUGGAGGCUGAACGGGGAGAGGAUGGAUCUCAGGCGUGACAAGCACCUCCACCUAAUAGCAGUCAUGGGGCUUUUGUGAAGAGGCAGAAUUCCAGGAUGGAAACUGAGGUGCAGAGAGUUUGGCCCACCCAGCGUCAGCCAGCCAACAGUAGCGGACUGGGAACUGGAGCCCGGGAAUCCUGGCUGCCAACUCUGUGAGCAGUGUGCUGUGCCACCUGUCUUCGUCAAUGGCCCAUUUCCCCGAAAAAUAUCCUGGGAGAGCAGAGACGGUGCCCUUCUAUGGUCCAUCAGAGGCCCCAGCUGCGUGCCUGCCCCUGGAUGGAAGAAUCCGACCACCCAGUAGCCCGGCCCUGCGCAACACCUCCGCACCAUCACUGCCUGACCCUGCGCUGGGAACUCAUUCCCGGGGCCACCAGGGAAUCUGACCUUUCCAGGAGAACUCCUGGCUGCCUCCGCGUGCUCCUAGGACCUGCGCGAAAUGGGAAGGCGCAUCCUCUAGCCCGGGUAAAUAAGGGACCCUGCCUCACACGGGUGGACAUCCCCAGGCCGCCUUCGCUGUGUUUCAGGUGACCGCACCCAGCCUGCGCGCCCCCAGCCCCCAUCCCGGUGCCUUGCAGAGACUUCGCACACAGCCCCGGCCUCCCAGAGGCCCUCCCGCCUCUCCUCUCCCACAGGCACUCCCUAACUGUGCCACAUUUAACCCGGGACGUCCUGUCCACGCUCAGCCUCGCAGCCUCCGGCCCCGGCAGACACCACCUUUCCAGAGGUCGCUGCCCCAUCCCGGGGACCCUCCGCUGGCUUCCUCACCCCUCGACCUUGGCAACUCCUACCGCUGCGCCCCAAGACGCCGGAUCUAGCCGGGCAUCCCCUCUCUGCACUCCGCACCCCUCCCGCAGCCCAUGUCCCCGCCAGCGCUCGCGACCCCGGGAGGGUUCGACCGGGCGCCCUCCCCCGGGCCGCCUAGUAGUGGCGUGUCCCGCCGCCUACUGGCCGGGCUGCUGCCUGUGCCCGGCUCCCGGGCGGCCCCUCCCCCGGCCGCAGCCCCGCCCUCCGCUCCCCUCCUCCUCCCCCUCCUCCUCCUCCUCCUCCUCCUGGCGCUCGCUCGCUCACUCUCUCGCUGGCUUGAGGGGCGGCCGGCAGCUGGCGCUGGCAGAGGCGGCGGCGGCGGCGGCGGCGGCACGACCGGGAUGGGACGGGCGCUGGGGCGCAGGAGCCGCGGCGGCGGCGGCGGGGGCCGCGUAACUCGGGCCAAGUGCGGGGCAGCCGGCCAGGGCGCGGGGCGCUGAGCCUCGGCGGCCCCAG